GCCUCGCCGCAGCCCCGCGCCCUCCGCCGCCGCCGCCGCUGCCGGACCCGCUUUGUGCCGCGGGGCGGGCGGCCGCGGCCUCAGCAUGGACGUGACGGUGUCGGAGCUCAUGGAGCAGUUCCUGCAGAGCCCGCUGGUGACCUGGGUGAAAACUUUUGGUCCGUUUGGAAGCGGCAACCAGGACAACUUGACUCUCUACAUGGAUUUGGUGGAUGGCAUCUUUUUGAACCAAAUCAUGUUGCAAAUAGAUCCCAGGCCAAGCAAUCAGCGGAUCAACAAGCACGUUAACAAUGACGUGAACCUACGCAUCCAGAACCUGAGCAUUCUAGUGAGGAACAUCAAGACCUACUACCAGGAAGUUCUCCAGCAGCUGAUCGUAAUGAAUUUGCCUAAUGUUUUGAUGAUUGGCAAAGACCCACUGUCUGGGAAGAGCAUGGAGGAGAUUAAGAAGGUGCUACUGCUGGUGCUGGGCUGUGCCGUUCAGUGUGAGAGGAAAGAGGAAUUCAUUGAAAGAAUCAAACAGCUGGACAUUGAGACCCAGGCGGGCAUUGUGGCUCACAUCCAGGAGGUGACCCACAACCAGGAAAAUGUGUUUGACCUGCAGUGGUUAGAGCUGCCAGAUGUGGCCCCAGAGGAGCUGGAAGCCCUCUCCAGGAGCAUGGUGUUCCACCUCCGCAGGCUCAUUGACGAACGGGACGAGUGCACCGAGCUGAUCGUGGACCUGACACAAGAGAGAGACUACCUCCAGGCACAGCACCCGCCCAGCCCCACCAAGUUCUCCAGUCCAGACUCCACACCCAGCCCCACCAGCAGCCUCUCCAGUGAGGACAAACAGCACCUGGCUGUGGAGCUGGCUGACACCAAGGCCAGGCUACGGCGUGUCAGGCAGGAAUUGGAGGAGAAGACAGAGCAGCUUGUAGACACCAGACAUGAGGUGGAUCAGCUGGUGCUGGAGCUGCAGAAGGUCAAGCAGGAGAACAUCCAGCUUGCAGCUGAUGCCCGGUCAGCCCGUGCCUAUCGUGACGAGUUGGACUCGCUGAGGGAGAAGGCGAACCGUGUGGAGAGGCUGGAGAUGGAGCUGGUGCGCUGCAAGGAGAAGCUGCACGACGUGGACUUCUACAAGGCUCGCAUGGAGGAGCUGAGAGAAGACAACAUCAUCUUAAUCGAAACCAAGGCCAUGUUGGAGGAGCAGCUGACGGCCUCCCGGGCCCGCAGUGAUAAGGUCCAUGAGCUGGAGAAAGAGAACCUGCAGCUGAAGUCCAAGCUUCACGACCUAGAACUGGAUCGGGACACAGAUAAAAAACGAAUUGAGGAACUACUGGAAGAAAACAUGGUUCUCGAGAUCGCCCAGAAACAGAGCAUGAACGAGUCGGCCCACCUGGGCUGGGAACUGGAGCAGCUGUCCAAGAAUGCAGACUUGUCAGACGCCUCCAGGAAGUCCUUCGUGUUUGAACUGAACGAGUGUGCCUCCAGCCGCAUCCUGAAGCUGGAGAAGGAGAACCAGAGCCUUCAGAGCACCAUCCAGGGUCUGCGGGACACAUCGCUGGCUCUGGAGGAGAGCAGCCUCAAGUGCGGGGAGUUGGAAAAGGAGAAUCACCAGCUUAGCAAGAAGAUUGAAAAGCUGCAAACCCAGCUGGAGAGAGAAAAGCAGAGCAACCAAGAUCUGGAGACCCUCAGCGAGGAGCUGAUCCGAGAAAAAGAACAGCUGCAGAGCGACAUGGAAACCCUGAAGGCCGACAAGGCCAGGCAGAUUAAGGAUCUGGAGCAGGAGAAGGGCCACCUCCACCAAGCUGUAUGGUCACUGCGAGAGAGGCCACAGGUCAACAGUGGGAAGGAUGUGGAGAAGGAGAACAGGGCCCUCCACCAGGCUGUGACGGAGGCUGGCAGCAAACUCAGCCAGCUGGAGCUGGAGAAGAAGCAGCUCCACAGGGACUUGGAGCAGGCCAAGGAGAAGGGAGAGCGGGCGGAGACGCUGGAGAGGGAGCUGCACCGGCUGGAGAAGGAGAACGAGCAGCUGACCAAGAAGGUGACCUCCCUGCAGACGGUCACCGAGAAGGUGGAGGCCCUGGAGCAUGAGAGCCAGGGCCUGGAGCUAGAGAACCGGACGCUGAGGAAGUCCUUAGACACCCUGCAGAACGUGUCGGUGCAGCUCGAGGGCCUCGAGCGGGACAACAAGCAGCUGGAUCAGGAGAACCUGGAGCUGCGCAAGAUGGUGGAGACCAUGCGCUUCACCAGUGCCAAGAUGGCGCAGAUCGAGAGGGAGAACCAGCAGCUGGAGCGGGAGAAGGAGGAAUUGCGGAAGAACGUGGAGCUUCUGAAGGCCCUGAGCAAGAAGUCUGAGCGCCUGGAGCUCAGCUACCAGAGUGUGAGCGCUGAGAACCUCCGGCUGCAGCAGAACCUCGAGAGCAGCAGCCACAAGUCGCAGGCCCUGGAGCAGGAGCUGGGCGAGCUGGAGGCCGAGCACCAGGCCCUGAGGCGCGACCUGGAGAGCCUGCAGCUCAGCAACAAGCAGCUGGAGAGGGCUGAGCAGGACAGGAAGGCCCUGGAGCAGGAGGUGGCCCAGCUGGAGAAGGAUAAGAAACUGCUGGAGAAGGAGGCCAAGCGGCUGUGGCAGCAGGUGGAGCUCAAGGACGCCGUCCUGGACGACAGCACUGCCAAGCUGACUGCGGCCGAGAAGGAGAGCCGCGCGCUGGACAAGGAGCUGGCCCGAUGUCGUGAUGCGGCCAGCAAGCUGAAGGAGCUGGAGAAGGACAAUAGGGACCUCACCAAGCAGGUUACCAUGCACACGAGGACACUGACCACCCUGAGAGAGGACCUGGUGCUAGAGAAGUUGAAGAGCCAGCAGCUGACCAGUGAGGUAGACAAACUGAGCCAGGAGCUGGAGAAGGUUGGCCUCAGCAAGGAGCUGCUGCUGCAGGAUGACAGCCAUAGUGACACAAAAUACAAGAUUUUAGAAGGCAGAAAUGAAUCAGCAUUAAAAACAGCACUGGCCAUGAAAGAAGAAAAGAUUGUGUUCUUGGAGGCUCAGGUGGAAGAGAAAGCCAGCCUGAAUCACCAGCUACAGAUUGAACUGCAGAUGAUGAAGGAGGAACGGGAGCAGCAGCUCAGGCAAACCCAGGAGGAUGGUGAACAGGCACAGAACUUGCUGAAACAUCCUGUGGCCAAGUUGGUCACCAGUCACCAAGAGGAGGUUGCUUGGGGGCCCAGCCACAAGGAGGCCACCAUGGAGCUGCUCCGGGUGAAGGACCGAGCCAUCGAGCUGGAGCGCAGUAACGCAGCUCUUCAGGCCGAGAAGCAGCUACUGAAGGAGCAGCUGCAGCACCUGGAGACGCAGAACGUGUCCUUCAGCAGCCAGAUCCUGACGCUGCAGAAGCAGAGCGCCUUCCUGCAGGAGCACACUACCACGUUGCAAACCCAGACCGCCAAGCUACAGGUGGAGAAUUCCACACUGAACUCGCAGAGCGCAGCACUCAGUGCGCAGUACACGCUGCUGCAGAGCCAGCAGACGGCCAAGGAGGCUGAGCACGAGGGCCUGCAGCGGCAGCAGGAGCAGCUGGCAGCUGCCUAUGAGGCCCUGCUUCAGGACCAUGAGCACUUGGGUUCCCUGCACGAGCGCCAGUCCUCGGAAUACGAAGCCCUCAUCCGCCAACACAGCUGCUUGAAGACUCUGCACCGGAACCUGGAGCUGGAGCAUAAGGAUCUGGGAGAGAGGCACAGUGACUUGCUGAAGCAUAAGGCAGAGCUGGAGGAGCUGGAGAAAGUGCUGAGCACUGAGCGGGAGGCACUGCAGCAGGAGCAGAGGACCAACGCCAUAGCCACGACUGAGAACCAGAGGCUUCGGGGAGAGCUAGACAGGAUCAGUUUCCUGCACCACCAGCUAAAGGGGGAGUAUGAGGAGCUCCACGCCCACACCAAGGAGCUGAAGACCUCGCUGAACAGCUCUCAGCUAGAGCUGAACCGCUGGCAGGCACGCUUCGAUGAGCUGAAGGAACAGCACCAGAGCAUGGACAUCUCACUGACCAAGCUGGACAACCACUGUGAGCUGCUCUCCCGUCUCAAGGGGAACUUGGAGGAGGAGAAUCAUCACCUCCUGAGCCAGAUCCAGCUGCUGAGCCAGCAGAACCAGAUGCUCCUAGAGCAGAACAUGGAGAGCAAGGAGCAGUACCAUGAGGAGCAGAAGCAGUACAUAGACAAAUUAAAUGCUUUACGGAGGCAUAAGGAAAAACUGGAAGAAAAAAUCAUGGAUCAAUACAAGUUCUAUGAUCCAGCUCCAAAGAAGAAGAACCACUGGAUUGGAGCCAAAGCCUUAGUCAAACUUAUCAAGCCAAAGAAAGAAGGUUCCAGAGAACGGUUAAAAUCGACCACAGACAGCCCCUCCUGGCAGCUGGAAUCCUCAGACCCUGCCUCACCAUCUGCCUCUCAGCCUCUCAGGUCACAGCCAGAGAACCCUGAUAUCCCCCCAUCUGGCUUGAAUUCUGCAGAAGAGCGUGACACCCACAAUGGGCCUGUGGGGAAAGGCCCUGGGGAUCUAAAACCAAAGCGAGGGUCCCCACAUGGAGGCAGUGUUGACCGCACAGACACCUCCACCGACCCAGCCAUGAAGUCCUGGCCCUCAGAGCCUGGCUCCCGGACCUUUUCAACCUCAGCUAUCACGGCAGCUCCUUCUGGUUCUACCCCUGUCCCCUGGCACCCAGGCCGCACCAAAGGCUGUAAUUCAGAUGACAACCUCUGCGAGCCAUCCACAGAGUUCGAGGGCACCUACCACAGGCAGCAGGUGUCUCGGCCAAACAGCUUGGAGAGCAGCAGAAACACAUCCAGCAACAGCUCUCCUCUGAGCCUCAAGGGUUCCUCUGACCAGCUGCACAGCCGGUCGGAGAGCUUCAGCAGCGCAGACCUGAUCCCCAGCAGGGACUCCACCACACUGUCUUGGGAUGCCAGCACCCCAGGACGCAGCGCCCUCAGCCGCCAUGAGUACCCUCUGCCCCGGAACGGGCCUCUCCCCCAAGAAAGUAUCCAGAAGAGGGUUGCUGCUCCACUCCACACUGGGGUGCGGCCCUGCUCAGCCUCUCCCAGCAAUGAGAUGGUCACCUUGGAGGAAUUUCUAGAGGAGAGUAACUGCAGCUCCCCAACCCACGACACUCCAAGCUGCCGUGAUGACUUGCUUAGUGACUACUUCCGAAAGGCCCAUGAUCCCCUGGCUGUGGGAGGCCAGCCAGGAUCAGCAAGCAGGAAAGAUGGAGCCAAGAUGCCUACCAGCUUUGUGGCUCCCACCAUCAAGAUGGCAGUCAACACUUCUGAGGGGCGGCAGCUGAAGCCUGGGCAUUAUGUGAAGCCAAACUUGAGACCAGCUGAGGCUGAGGCCCUAACCGGGGUCCCCUCAAGACAGGGCCAGCCACCCCAGAGCCUGUUUCUGGGUAGACCCAGACAAACAACAGUGCCACAAACUUGCCAUACGCCUGCCAGUCGGAGUGCAUCUCUGAGCCGGGCCUUUAGCCUGGCCUCAGCCGACCUUCUCCGGGCCAGUGGGCCAGAAGUCUGCAGACCAGAGUCCCCUCAGAAGCCAGGGUGUCCUGAGGCCACAGGGGUCAGAGAGACAGGCAGUCACAGCCUGCAAAGUCCCAUGCCUCCCAGCUCCCACAGCCUAGCCCGGGAGCGGACCCCAGUGGUGGGAAAGGCUGAUGGCUCCUCUCCAGGCCCAGGUACCCGUGGCCGGCCACUGGACACUAGGCGCUUCUCUCUGGCACCACCGAAGGAGGAGAGGCUAGCCCCCCUUCAGCAGUCUGCCACAGCCCCAGCCCUUGCCACUGGAGACGGUGGUGGCUGCAGCUCCCAGUUCCAGCACUUCUUGCCCACUGCAGCACCUGCUGCCAGAGCCAAAUCCAAAAUACCACCACACUCAGGGGAGGUGGCCACCAUUGCCCCCAUCCGGCCAGGGCUCAGCACCUCAGAGGGAGAUGAGGGCCCAGGGCAUGGGUACAGUGAGGGGCUCCCGGCCAAGAGCCCUGGUAGGUCUCCUGACUUGACUUCCCAUGUCAACCGGGGCCCCGAUGACUUCGGUAGAGGGGGCAACUCGAAGAGCACACCAGCAUCACCAGAGCCGGGUGGAGACCAGCAGACUGUGUGGUAUGAAUAUGGCUGUGUGUGACUUCGUGUCCUCUGACUUGUGUCAUGGAUCUUCAGCUCCUGAACCCUAAACUGCUGGUGCGCCUUCUGAUUCCGAUGGCCUUUUUUCCUGUUUGCCCAUGGUGCCGGGAACGGGUGUAGAAUGAGGAAUGGGGUUCCCAUCUGGUUCUCCUGUUGGUAGAUGGAAACACUGUGCCAAGCCCUAAGAGCUUGCUCUCCAGGGUGUGUAACUUGUCUUUUGUAUCUACAGCUUCCAGCAGGUGGUGUCUUAUGAACAAAUCCAUUUGCUUAGAAUGCAGUGGCAACAUCAGUUUACCCAGAAGCAGACACUACUUGAGUAGGAAUACUCAUUUGCAACCUGUUGACCUCUGUUAAAGAGUGUGUUUGUGCGUAUGCACAAGCAUGUGUACCAGACUCACAAAGCUAAGCCCUAAUGAGUCUGGAAACUCCACUCUUCUCCUAAAAGCCAUUGCUCCUAGGAAAAACUUAGACUGGCCAAACUGCAAAGAUCUGCAGGGCUUUGAGGAAAGCCCAGCGUUGGGGGCUGGCUGUUAACCCAGGAUUAUCACCAUCCCAUUCCUGCUGUCCAAGCACUUCCUUUUACUCUGGGGGCCAAGGUAGUCUUUAGGAUCAGUUGCAGGGCCUUAACCCUUUGUCCUGGGCUCUGCUUGGUAGGCUCUGAGGCCACCCAGGGACCAGCCUUCGUAGCCUUCUGUGGCUCACUUUUCUAUAAACACUGGAUCUGCCGGGUCUGGGGUGUGAGACAGAGAUUGCCCACCCCUGUCCCAGCAAGUGACUGACUGGCAGGUGUUCUUGGUGCACAGAGGAAGGUCAAAGUAAAGCAGCUGUUGUACCUCCUGGCCUUCCCUGGCUCAGAGGGAAUGUUAUUUCCGAAGAACUUUUUGGGGUAGAAACCAAUUUCUUUUAAUAUAUAUGUAUGCACAUGAAUAUAAAUACUUUCGGGGGGGCCUAUUUAUGUUCCAUUGGAAGUCGUUCUUUCAGGAAUCUGACCUGCUGCUCUGUGUAUUUGGUGCAAUUCCUGACAUGUUUAAUUUCCUAUUGUAAUGGUGCUUUUCCUGGGAUGGACUAAACCUAUUGGCAUUUUAAAAGAUUUAUUUUCCCUUUUGAUGUAUUGUGCUGAAAAAGAAACUGGGGAGACCUUUGAAUGUUAAGAUCCACAGUAGGGGUGUUGGGUUGUGUGUUAAGUAGCCAUCAUUCUGGAACACAAGGACAGGGCUGUAAUAAAAUGAAAUGGAGCAUAA